AUGGGGAAGGCCCAAAAGAAAACGGGCAAGGGUCGCUUGGACAAAUACUACAAACUUGCAAAGGAGCAGGGAUACCGAGCACGUUCGGCGUUCAAACUUAUUCAACUCAACAAAAAAUACGCCUUUCUAGAGUCAGCAAGAUGUUGUAUCGAUCUCUGCGCUGCACCUGGAGGAUGGCUUCAAGUUGCUAGUAAAUAUAUGCCCAUUAAUAGCGUUAUUGUUGGUGUCGACCUUGUGCCAAUCAAGCCAAUUCCCCGAGUGGUGACAUUUGCUUCGGAUAUCACUACACCUCAAUGUCGAAACCUCCUUCGAGGAGAGCUGAAGGACUGGAAAGCCGAUGUCGUUCUCCAUGAUGGUGCCCCCAAUGUCGGAACUGCGUGGAUUCAAGAUGCCUACAGUCAAUCUGAACUCGUCCUAAUGAGUUUGAAACUAGCUGUGGAAUUCUUGAUAAAAGGUGGAACGUUUGUGACCAAGGUUUUCCGCAGUGCGGACUACAACAACCUCAUUUGGGUGUUCAAUCAGUUGUUUGGAAAAGUUGAAGCGACGAAACCUCCUUCAUCCAGGAACGUUUCAGCAGAAAUUUUCGUCGUAUGCAGGGAUUUUUAUGCACCUAAACACAUCGACCCCAAAUUCCUUGACCCCAAACACGUCUUCAAGGACCUAGCUGCAUCGGUAUCCGAAGGUGUUGACAAGGGCGUUAUCAAUAGCCAUGCCCAAGCCAAUGUCUUCCAACCGGAAAAGAAGCGACGGAAACGAGAUGGUUAUGCUGACGGAGAUUAUACGUUGUUCAAAGCAUGUCCUGUCUCGGAAUUCGUGAACAGUACAGAUCCUAUUUCCGUACUCGGAUCCGUAAACAAAAUUAUAUUCGAUACUGAGGAAGAGAAAACGUGGUUGGACUUGCCCAUUACUACCGCGGAUGUCAAAGUGAAUCUGGAUGACCUCAAGGUUUUAGGCAAGGGUGACUUCAAGGCUUUGUUAAAAUGGAGAUCAGCUCUGCGAGAAGAACUUGGUAUAGACGUAAGGACUAAGGAUACCGAGGAGAUAACAGAAGCCGUUGAAGUAACAGAGGAGGUCGAUGAAGAACAGCAAAUCCAGGACGAGUUAGAGCGGCUCAACGCAGAGGCUGCCGCACGAAGCAAGCGCGAGCGAAGGCGAGCCAAUGAAAUACGCACUCGAACUCUACAACGGAUGCAGCUUCAAAUGACUGCUCCUCUAGACAUUGGUUUGGACCAACAAGACGCCUCUCUUGGCGUUGGCCAAGAGGAUGUCUUCGAUUUGGAAACCACUGAAAAUCUCCGACGGCGAGGGUAUCUUACGAAAUUUGCUAAUGGUGAAGGAAGUGAUGAUAACGACAGUGACGCUGGACAGAAUAGUGGCGAUGAGCCCGACGCCUUAGAUUCCGAUGAGGAGAGGGAGAGAAAACUGCAAGGCUUGGAGUUGGAGUUGGACGGAAUGUACGAUGCUUACCGGGAUCAUCUCCGUGAACGCGAUGCAAAAUUCAAAGGUCCUGACGAAAAUAGUGAUGAAGAAUCAGGAAGUGAAACCGGUGGUUACGAUAUGCUGCAGCAGGCCAAGGACGACGAUGACGAUGAGAGCUCUGAUGACGAGAGUGAUAUCGACGACGCUCCCUCAAAGAAGCGCCGGCGCACUGAUAAUGCUCCUGACGGUUCCAAAAAGACCCGUUUAAUUACGAAGCUGCAGGAGCCCAGUAAUCCAGCGACCAGUGUUUGGUUCAGCCGAGACGUGUUCGCAAACAUGGACGACCUAGACGAUAUUUCUGAUGGAGAUGAAUCUGAUGGUGUUGAGGAGGCCUUCGAGAUGUCAGAAUCACAACAUGACGAUGAGGACGAAGACGAGGAUGAUGACUUUGAAAUCGUUCCUGCACAGGAAAACGAUGAUGUCGACAUGUGGGAUGUUGAAGGCGAAAAUGAGGACGAGGCGAAGCAGGCUAAAAUUAAAGCGCUGGGACUGGUAACACCCGAAGCUGUCACCCUUGCUCAGCAGUUGGUCAACCGCGAAAAGACACGGACACAACUGAUCAAUGACGGUUUUAAUCGUUACUCCCUCAACUCCAGGGAUGGACUUCCAUCGUGGUUUUUAGACGAUGAAUCAAAACACUACAAACCAAAUUUGCCAGUCACAAAGGAAGCCGUCGCUGCUCUUCGGGCCAAACAACGGGCUCUGGAUGCUCGUCCUAUCAAGAAGAUAGCCGAAGCUAAAGGUCGAAAGAAAUUUAGAGCGGCACAGAGACUAGAGAAAGCGAUGAAAAAGGCUGAGGGUGUUAACGACACCGCUGAUAUGACAGAGAGAGAGAAGGCGCAACAAAUUGAGAAGCUCAUGCGGAAAGGGAUGUCUUCCGGAAAGAAAGCCAAGAAGGAGGUGAAAGUUGUCGUCGCCAAAGGUGACCACAAAGGAGUCAAAGGACGACCAAAAGGCGUCAAGGGCCGAUAUACUAUGGUGGACUCUAGAAUGAAGAAAGAGGUCCGAGCAAAGAAGCGUAUUGAGAAGGCCAACAAAAAGCGGAAACGCACUUAG